GCCACCAGAUGGUGGCGUAGGAUUUUGCUAUUGCAACGCCCCCCACAUAACAAUAUCUUGGCUUUUGUUGCCGUAUUCAUUUUGAACUUGUUCUGGAUAGUUGCAACACAAAUAGGCGGGGUAAACAAAUUACGUUUUGUUCCGGUUUGAGUGUCAUGAGCAAGUGAUAAACAAGAUAUUCAGUCUAAAAAAAAUGGCGGCUCUAAUUCACUGCUGUCUGCACUGGAAGUAUUCAGACGAAGAGAUUGAGCAAAUAAAUAGAAGCCUGAAGAUCGACAAAGCCAUCGAGAGAGAGAAGCAGAGCAACCGGCGCCAAGUUAAACUUCUGCUUCUUGGAGCUGGCGAAUCGGGCAAAUCAACAUUUCUGAAGCAGAUGAGAAUCAUUCAUGGAGUCAGAUUUGAAACAGAGGCCAUUCAGGAAUUCCAGUCAAUUGUAUACCAGAAUAUCAUUCGAGGCAUGAGAGUCCUGGUUGAUGCUCGAGAAAAAUUACAAAUUCCAUGGGAAAAUGAAAACAAUGCCAGUCUAGCCCCAUUCCUUCUUAGAGUAGACAACGUCAUGCAAUUUGACACAAAAGUGUUCAUGGAAUAUGCCGUCUACAUUCAACAACUAUGGCAAGAUCAUGGUAUUAGAGAAGCUUACGAGAGAAGAAGAGAAUUCCAACUUAGUGAUUCUGUAAAGUAUUUUUUUGAAAAUCUUGAACGGAUCGCUGUAAAGGACUAUCUGCCGAAUAAUCAGGACAUCCUUCACGCGCGCAAAGCAACCAAAGGAGUAACGGAAUUCGUUAUGAACAUCAAUUCCAUCCCGUUUCGGUUCGUAGACGUUGGCGGCCAACGGUCACAAAGGCAAAAGUGGCUUCAGUGUUUUGAUUCAGUAACAGCAAUCCUGUUUUUGGUAUCCUCUUCUGAGUAUGACCAAGUUCUAAUGGAAGAUAGACGAACGAAACGACUAGAGGAGUCUAUAAACAUAUUUGAUACAAUCGUCAACAUUCGCUAUUUGCUGUCUGUUGCCUUUAUCCUAUUCCUGAACAAAACAGAUCUUCUUACUGCCAAGCUUUCGACACGAGCGUCAAAUAUUGCUCACUAUUUCCCUGAUUACAAGGAUGACCCAUAUGAUUUGUCUAAAGUUCAAGCCUUCAUUUUAAACAUGUUCGUUUCCGCCCGACGUAAUAGCCAUCAAGUCCUUUACCAUCAUUUUACCACUGCUGUGGAUACCGAAAAUAUCAACAAAGUUUUCGGUGCUGUCAAGGAUUUCAUUCUUCAAAAGCACCUGGAGAACUUAAUGCUCCAGUAAACCUAUACAUUCUAAGACGGAAUAAGUCAGCUUGCCGCUCUAGAGUCUAUAAAUGCAUGUGGCUCACUAGAAGACUUAUUUUUGUGUCUAGGGUCUGUAAAGUGGAUUUCCCAUCUUGUGUACAUAAGAUAUACCAAGUGUCCUUGAAAAUUGCUCAGAUUAUCUUUGUCCAAUCUCCUCAUCCUUUUUACCACCCAUGUCGAUUGUUUGCCUCCCCCCCCCCCUUUUUUUUAAAUAACAAGACAGGUUACACGAAAUUAUUUUUUUUAUCAAACCAAUUGCCAUGCUCGUCAAGCACUGUUAAAUGAUAGUCAACCUCUAAUAAAGCAUUCCUUGACUC